AUGUUAAUGAUUAAAAAUAAUUUUAUUUCUAUAUAUCGAUUUCAAAGGUUAUUAUCGAUAUAUAAUAAAAGUAAUGAAAAAUCUACAAUUUCAUCAUCCAUCAAAUUAAACUCAACAGUUAAAGAAUUGAUUGAUGCAAAACAAUAUAACCAAGCUUUAGAUCUUUUCGAUCAAAACUUUGAAAUUUGUACAGAUUAUACUAUUGACAUGGCAAUAAAAGCAUGCACUGUAUCAAAUGAUUAUAAACGUGGUAUUAAUAUCCAACAAAAGCUUUCAUCAAGUUCAUUGAAUAGUUGUUAUAUUCAAACAUCAUUAAUUCGAUUCUAUAUGCAAUCCCAUGAUAUUGAUAAUGCAACUCGUAUAUUCUCUACGAUUACAAACAAAUCCAGUUAUGUCUAUACAGCUAUGUUCAAAGGUCUAAUGUCUAAUAAAAUGUCGGAGAAAGUACUUGAUUUAUUAGAUGAAAUGACAAUUAAAUCUGACAAUUUUAUUCUCGCUGUUUCAUUUAAUGCAUGUGCUGAAGUUGCCAAUGAUCGGGCAAUGAAGAUAGGAAGAAAACUUUUUCAUGAAAUGCCUUACAACUAUCAAGAUGAUGUUGUUCUUUUAACUUCAGCCAUACAUAUGUUAAUGAAAUUUGGUGAUGUUCAAUGUGCUGAACGUAUUUUUGAUUCAAUCAACAGAAAAGAUACUAUUACUUAUAAUGCUAUGAUAAAAGGCUAUGUUGGAAAUGAAAUGUAUGAAAAAGCCUUGGAUUUAUUUGAACAAAUGCAUUUAAACUUAGAUAAUAUAACUUAUACUAUUGUUUUUAAUGCAUGUGCUCAUCUUGCUAAUGAUCAAGCAAUAAAAAUUGGAAGAAAACUUUUUCAUAAAAUGCCUAAUAACUAUCGAAAUGAUAAUAUUCUAUUAAAUUCAGCAAUACAUAUGUUCAUGAAUUUUGGUGAUGUUCAAUGUGCUGAAUAUAUUUUUAAUUCAAUCAAGAAGAAAGAUACUAUUACUUAUUAUGCUAUGAUGAAAGGAUAUAUUGAAAAUGAAAUGUAUGAAAAAAUCUUGGAUUUGUUUGAACAGAUGCAUUUAAAUUUGGAUAAUGUAAUUUAUACUCUUGUUUUUAAUGCAUGUGCUCAACUUGCUAAUGAUCGAGCGAUGAAAAUAGGAGAAAAACUUCUUCAGGAAAUGCCUGAUAAUUAUCGAAAUGAUAAUGUUGUAUCAAAUUCAGCAAUACAUAUGUUAAUAAAGUUUGAUGAGAUUGAAAGUCCUAAACGUGCUGGUAAAUUAAUACGAAACAAAGAUAUUAUUACUUAUGGUGCUCUAAUGAAUACUUACAAUAUGAAUAGUGAACCAUGGAAAUGUUUUAAGAUUUUCGAAGAAAUGAAACAACAAAAUAUUGUUCUUAAUGGAAUCAUAUGGAAUAUACUUAUUGGUGCAUGUUCACAAAUUGGUAUGAUUCGACGAUCUCACUAUAUUAUUGAUCAAAUACCUUCAGAUAUCCAAAAUGAAAAGCAAAUACAAAACUCAUUGAUUCAUAUGUGGAGUAAAUGUGGUUCUAUUGAAAAAGCACAAAAUAUAUAUAAAUCAGUUUAUAAUCGUAAUAAAGUGACAUAUACUGCAAUGAUUAAUGGAUUUGGACUUAAUGGAAUGGGUUAUGAAGCUAUUGAAUUAUAUAAACAGAUGCCGAAUCAUCUACGUAAUGAAAUUACACAUAUUUGUGUAUUAAAUGCAUGUUCUCAUUCUGGUCUUCUUCAUCAAGCUCAAAAUAUUUUCAAUGAAAUACCUUUUAAAACAGAAAAAAUCUACACUACUAUGAUUGAUUGUCUAAGUCGUUUGUUUAUAUUUGAUGAAGCACAAAAGUUGAUAGAUGAAUAUGAGAAAACAAACUCACCAAAUUUGGUCAUGUAUAUAUGUUUAUUAUCUGGUACACGUAAUAAUCGCAAUAGUAAUUUAUCUAAAAAGAUAUAUAAUCGAAUGAAAUCAUUGUUUCCUGAUGCAAAACAAGGUCUUGUAUCAGGUGCAAUUCUUCUUGCGAACAUAUAUUCUUCUGUUGGUGAACAUCAACGAGCAAAAGACUUUCGAUAUAGUCAAAUAAAAGAAUUAAGAACAAAAGUCAAACUAGGAUUAUCAUGGACUGAUGGAAGUGGUGAAAUAGUGGGAUUUACAGCUCAUGAUCAUUCUCAUCUUCAAUCAGCAGAAAUUUAUGCUGAACUUGAUCGUUUAACAUCUGAACUGAUUGAACAUGGUUAUGUAUGUGAUUCUUCUUGGGUGACUCGUGAAUUAUACGAACAAGAAACUAUUGAAUCAGUUUUAUGUAGUCACAGCGAACGAUUAGCAUUAGCAUUUAAUUUCAUCCAACGACCUAUUCCAGACUUCAUCCAAAUUACUAAAAAUCUUCGUAUUUGUGGCGAUUGUCAUGAAUUCACAAAAUUAGUAGCCAAAAUUCGACAAGUUAACAUCAUUGUUCGUGAUGCUAAUCGUAUUCAUCACUUCAAUAAAAACGGACAAUGCUCAUGCCAAGAUCAUUUUUGA